CCUGGGGUCUCGUGACUUGCAGAAGCUCUGAGCGUGUCGUGGAGGCUGCGUUCUGCGCAAUGAUGCGACGUCAGCCUUAUCCAGAUACAUUCUUCACUCUUUUAAUCACUCAUUGUAUUCGUCACGCUCAUCCUGCAACCUUUGUCAUAUUGUCGCUGCUGGGCAGCGGUUCAAUCAACUCCAUGCCACGCUAGAUGCCGGCGAAGGCAGGUGAUAUUUUCGGUGCGUACCUGUAAUGCAGAUCCGGCACGGUUCAGAAUGCGAUGGACGCUCAAGACCAUCUCCGAGCAUCGUACGCCAGUGGAAGCAGCUACUCCGGUUGGCGAUCAUCCUCGCCUAGUAGCCAGCCGCGAGACUCUUUAGCUUCGUGCAUUACAACAUAUAGCGAGUCUGCGUGCCAGACUCCCCCUCUCAGCCGCUGCUCCUCGGUAGCUUCUCUCCCAAUAACGCGAUAUGGAUCGCUAUCGACUGAGAGAUGCUUGACAACCGGCGCGCCACCGACCACACUGCGUCAGCAGGACGGACCGAGUCUACCAGCUCCGAUCGCACCUUUGCCACUCAAUCCAGCGCAUCCGCUGUCACGAGUGCGCCAGGAAGCGUCACCCGGGUUAUCGACGGACUCUCCAGCAUGUGUAUGUGAGCAUUGCGGAGCAACUUUCACGCGGUCCGCCAGUCUCACCUUGCGCGAACAUCUUAAAGCCUGUCCGUCUCUUGGCAAGGGUGAAUUGGCUUAUGAGUGUUCUGCUUGCUUUCGACUCUUCCCAAACCAUGCGCAGGCGGCGCAGCACAGGAAAGCCACGCACAAAGGUGUCCCGGCCAUCGUGGAGCUUCGCCUUCCUGGUAGGAGAGCGUUCACGAGCUGUUUCAGAGACAAGAUCUUCUACAGUAUUGACGAGUGGGUCAAGUGGAGCAUAGGUAAAGAAUGUCGCGCCAAGCGACGAUCGAUGCAAAGUGAUCACCGUCUCAGGCUCAAGACUCUACUGCAGGAAGGCAGAGAUGACGUGAGUGGGCAUACGGGCGUUCACAGAGCUGUUAUCGAGUGGUGUACUGCUCACGAUCUCGAGCUCGACGCAUGGCAGAGUAUUGUCAGAGUCCCCGUCACCGGAUGGACUCAGCAUGGCCGUCCAACUUCUGCUCAAGCGCUGGCUGACAAACUGGAUUGGGGACUGGUUGUUACCACGGAAGAAGAGCAGUGGCAAGCCCUCCAACAGUAUGGCAUGCCCUCAAUCAUUUCCACACCAGACACCGCGAGAGCUUUGAAGACUCUGGGCUUUCAGAUUCUCCAAGAGAUGCUGGACACGAUACUGACGCCACUUAUUAAGCUCUAUACUCCGAAGGCCACCGACUUCGUCUCGCUUAUAGCAUGCGCUCAAAACAGCACGGAGUACUAUGGUGCGCCAAUUGAUGCACUGCUGCCGCAGUAUCCCGCCUUAUUUGCUGGGGGGGCUGGACGACCAUCAGCGCAGGUCUCAGAAGCUGACGUUCUGCCAUUCGCGGGCCCUUCGGCUGAACAUCGUGGCGAGUGGCGUCGUACUGCGAGUGUUGCUCCGUUUCACCAAGGUGCUAUAUUGGCUUCCACCUUGCAACCUUACAACGCCUCCACAUUCGAGCGCACCGUGGAGAGCAACAAUGCCACUGCCGCUCAUGUGUUCAACGGUUGGUACACCAGCCAAGAGCACCAACUAUACCACCCUACCCAAGACGCAGCUUUCCAGUCGACGGUCUACGAACAUGUGGAUCCGAACCGCGCUGUCUCGCAACCAGUCCACAUAGUCACGACACAAUAUGAACCAGAUGUCGCUAUGACCCAGCGCAAGACAAAGAGGCCACCCUCCUUAGCAAGCAAAGAUCAUCCGGAUAGCUUCGCUCGAGCCAUUCCGGACCACGGACGAAGUACCACACCUCCCGAAAUGGCGCGACUGCACCUUUCGCAGCAUCAAGCAAUAACACAAGGCGACGAAGAAUCAGCACGACCUCUCGCACAUCCGCAUCAGGGGUUUGCGAUAAGCAGCACCUCCCAAUUGCGCAACCGUAGUGCAUUUCUAGGCGUCUCGAAUGCCUAUCACUUCGAGGAGCUACCCGCCGUCACCAAGCCGGAGGCUCCUGGCAAUGAACCAGCCAUGACUUCUGCCGUGGAGACCAAGACUGCGCAUGUCUAUCCACCCGAUGCAUCCGCAGCGCCUCCACAGAGGCCGACAGCACUUUUCGGCGAGAUCUUGAUGCCUGGUGCAUCAUCGUCCUUGCCAAUCAAACCCAAUGCAACCCAACAGACUUGUAACAACAUUUCCGACCGCGCAUGUUGCGCAGCCUCUUCUUCUCAAGGCGGUGAUGUUGUCCAGGCGGAACUACGCCUUUCGUCUGAGAUGCAACCUGAGCCUCAAGUUCCCUCUUUGACCUUCGCCGAGUGGUCUGAAAUAGUCGAUCGCUUACUCCCGCCUGGAGUGGACAAGAACGACAUCCCAAGAAUGCAAAGGACGCGCCGAGAGCUGAUCGCCGCCGGCGUCGUAAGCACCAAUCUCGAACUCAUGCGCAUCACCAGCAUCCUUACAACCUUCGCUUACAAUAUUGAACACUGGCGGCAGCAACAACGGCUUCGCGAGCAGCUGACACCGCAGGUACCGGUGGCAGAGUCUCACGAAGUGGUAGAGGAGAGACGGCAGAAGCAGAAGCGGCAAGGCAGGUUCUUUGACCCUUCUGCCGCCGAAUCCGUCCAGCAGGCACUGAACGGGCAGGCGCAGGACGCCGCUGUUAUUAUUGAACCGCCACUGAGUGAGCUGACCUCAUGAUGAUCGGUGGUUCGGGAACAACCACGAGGGGCGAAUUUAUUGUCACUUUACCGAACGCUGGCUUCCACCCUCAUUGUCGGCGACUGGCUCGCCUGACUCCAUGCUUAUUAGUUAUGCCUACCUGGUGAGCAGAGACCUCACGGUUGAGACGCGCACUUUUGUGAAUGAUGCACAAUGUUAGCGAGGCGUUGGUGGAGUGUUUUGAGUGGACCGGAUAAUAGAGCGAUGACCUUCCGCUUUGUACUGUGACAACAGAGAAUAGUGUCUCUCACGCAGAAAGUUCGAAAGAUAUAUGUCUACCGUAUCAAUCGCGUUGCCACGCCUUAUGCAGGUGCAUUCCCUUGCGACGAACGCACAGUACGCCAUUGGUGGCUUUUAGUGAAGUAGAGACAACCUAUGUCGGG